AUGUCUGAAAAACAAUUAUAGGCUAUUAUAGCUCCUUCAAUUUUAUCAGCUGAUCUUUCAAGCCUUGCUGAUGAAUGUUAAAAGCUUAAUGACUAAGGCGCAGAUUGGUUACAUAUUGAUGUCAUGGAUGGCCACUUUGUCCCAAACUUCACUUUUGGUUAAACUGUUGUUAAGUGCCUCAGAAAGAAAGUCAAAGGAUUUUUUGAUUGCCAUUUAAUGAUUUCUGAACCCUAAAAAUGGGUUAAAGAUUUCCAUAAUGCAGGAGCAGAUCAAUAUACAUUCCAUUACGAAGCUGUUGAAAAUCAAGAGUAGCUCUGCAAAGAAAUCAAGGAAACUGGAAUGAGGGUAGGAAUUGCUAUUAAACCAAAAACUUAAAUCGAAGAUAAACUUUUACAACUUAUUGAUAGUAAUUUAGUUGACAUGGUUUUAAUUAUGACAGUAGAACCUGGUUUUGGUGGAUAAAAGUUUAUGUAAGACAUGAUGUAAAAAGUUGAGCUUUUAAGAAGAAAAUAUCCUAAGCUAGAUAUUUAGGUUGAUGGAGGUAUAGUAUGUGAAAACAUCGAUAUAGUUGCUAAAGCUGGAGCAAAUGUUAUUGUCUCAGGUUCAGGUAUAGUAAAUCAUGCUGAUCCUAAAAAAGCUAUGGCUUUUAUGAAAGAAAGAGUUUAGUUUUUUAUUUCUGACAAUGAAAAUCAAAUUUAAUAGUAAAAGGAUUGA